AAGUAUUUUGUAAAUUUUGUGUGCAUCCAUAACCCAAACCAUUAAGAUUUCACGUUUAAAAUAAUACUUUACCGGAGAAUAUUUAUAUAUCUCCUUACAUUACUUUCCUCGUUCAAGCAUAAAUUAUCCGAGUAGCGCACUUAAUGUAACUGGGUGUUAAUAUUUUGGUACCAAAUUAUAAACAAACUCAAAUUACACAUACAAAAUACAAAUAAAAUACUCGUAUCCUUCUCGUGCACAAAUUUUUUCUGUUUAUCACCAUCAACGGAGUAUUUUAUUACAGCAGAAAAUUAUAUAAAAAGUUUUCAAACCAAUGGAAAAUCAUAAAGGUGCCAGAAAAUUCAAAUAAAUGAGGUAACAAAUGAUCGUUUCUACUUCAAAGUAUGUACAAUAAAAUCUUGUGACAAAGAGGGAGUGUUGCAGAGAUAUAUUAAAUACAAAAUUAUAAAAACUUUGUUGUCGAAAAGUAAUACAUAAGAAUCGGCUUUAUUUGAAUAAAAACUGACGACAAUCAUUUAAUUUGUACAAAAGUAAAGUUGCCUAUUAAGAUAACAAUGGCCGCAACAAGCGCAAUGUGCAUCGUUUAAUAUAAAUCCUCUAAUCCUCUCACCGCGUAAUUUUGAAGUGUAUAACUAUUAGUGCUAUUCUUCUGUCCCCAUUGCUUUCUUUGAUCUUUGUUUUCGGUUUCUUCGAUAUUAUUUUUGUUCAAAAAACCAUGUCCACUGGUCGCCGUUUAGCCAAACGCUCAAUUAUCGGUACAAAAGUUUGUGCACCUGGACCUGAUGGUCUUUGGUAUUCUGGCGUUAUACAGGACGUAAAAACGCCUCCUACUGCCACUGUCACGUCGUCGUCGCUAUUGGCCGAUAGUGACAACGCUGUAUCUAAUAACAGUGGUACAAAUUUAACUGCUGAUACCAAGUAUAUAGUACGCUUCGAUUUUAAGACACAAACAAUGCAAAACUCUUUGGACUCAUCACCAUUAUCGUCGUCCAAGACGCUAAUAAUAAUGGAGGCACGUCGCACAAUUAGCGCUCACUUAAGUCCAGCGCAAGCUUUGCGUCGUAACGCCAUGAUAAAGGAGUUUCGCGAGUCGGACUUAAUAGGUCCUGGAUUUCGGUCUAUUAUGGGCGUUCAUUUGCAACCAGGUCAACGAGUGUUUCUGACCCAUAAUGGGCGUGAAACUUCAGGCGAUGUCAUCACCCACGAUUUGGAAAAGGAUGAAAUCGGUGUAAAAAUCACCACAAUCGGAAAUGAGGUAAGUACACCGAAUAACAUAAAUUAA